GUUACAUUCUGAAUACUGUUUUCUAUUUUCUAUUUUACAAUGUGUACAAGUUUGCUGUACGUUACUGAUUUAUACAUGUGUGGGUAUAUGGUACCUGUUAGGGAUUGAGGGGCUUUCUGGGAUGUGCUUUGGCAUAUGAUUGCUGUAAAUAAGUGUGUUAGCUAGCAUACACCGAUGUAAUGGUCACAUAAGCCACUGCUAACACAGUUGUCUUCAUGCUACAGAUUUUGCCAUCGACAACCAUCAAUACCGGUAAGCACUGCACAACUAACGUGCUGUGCUGUUUCCCAUUUAACAACAGCAUGAAAGAGUGUCCAGACUGGACUCGUCUGGUGCUUACGACCGAGAAGCGUAUGACGCUCGCAGGGAAAACAGAAUGGCAGCUCGGAAAAAGGCUGAGGAAGAGGCAGGAUGCACUGACUAUAAGAAGAUGUACGAGGAGGCUAUGUCUACAAAUGAGAGACUCAAGUCCCGGCUGCAGGGCAGCAAACAGGAGCUGGUGUUGGUGCAGACUCAGCUGGAGAAAGUCACACAGAGAAAGAUCACAAUGACUGAGAGGUCCAAUGAGAGGUCCAUGCUUGAGAAAGAAAAACGGGAAACACGUGUCCUUCAGAAGAAGAUAUCAGACAUGGAAGAUGAAGUGAAGAUCCAGACAGAGCUGCAGAAUGAGAACCAGAGACUGAAGGACGAGAACGGAGCCUUAAUCCGGGUCAUCAGUAAACUGUCCAAGUGAGAGGAAGAGGAUGAUCCAAGAAUUAUUUCCAAUUUUUACCCCAACUACACCAUCACCAACCACCAACCACCGCUACAUUCAAAUCAUGACAGGAAUGACAGAUGGGCGCCAACUUUAAAUCCUUUUUUGAUGCCCCUUUCACUUUUCUCCUCUGUUGAUGGUUGUAUUGUACACACAUAGUUCACACACAGUUAGCAUAUUAGCAUAUUUAAAAAAAAUGUAUUUAUGGAUUGUUAUAAUGCAUACUCAUAUCGUCACAGCACAUUAUACUGUACGAAUGUCUACGAAGGUUUAAUCUAUGAACUGGUGUAACAGUUGGUAUAUUAUGAUGUUCUAUGUAACAAAGUUACAUUUCAUGUUUAUUUUUAAACUGCACCACCUGAAAAGUCUCCUGAGCCUUGUAUAAAUGAUUUAUAAUUCCUUUUCGAUGCUGCAAUCCAAUGCAAUCUCUUGUAUUCACUGUCAUCAAAUGGUCAUGUGUGGUAAUGCAUCUUACCGCAGAGGCCUACAGUAUGUAUGCAUGAUCGACAACCAAGGUUGGUACACAUUUGUAAGCACUAAUAAAGCAGGUAAAGAUUA